CUAUCAUCUUACUGCUAGAUAAUAAUCAAUCAUAAUGGCCGCCGCAAACGAACACACUCUUCCUCAAUUGCCAUAUGCAUACAAUGCAUUGGAGCCUGCCAUCAGUGCUCAAAUUAUGGAAAUCCAUCAUUCAAAGCAUCAUCAAGCUUACGUCAACGGUUUAAAUGCCGCCGAAAAGGCAUACGCUCAAGCAGCUCAAUCAGCUGACGUUCGUAAACAAAUCGAAUUGCAAUCAGCCAUCAAAUUCAACGGUGGUGGUCAUUUGAACCACUCCUUGUUCUGGAAAAAUUUGGCACCUCAAAAAGAAGGUGGAGGUCAAUUGAAAGACGGACCUUUGAAACAAGCAAUCGAUAAAGAUUUUGGCGGAUUGGACAAACUCAAAGAACACUUUAACAAAACUACAGCUGCCAUCCAAGGAUCCGGUUGGGGCUGGGUCGGUUAUAACUCUUUCAACCAACGUUUGGAAGUCGUCACCGCAAAGGAUCAAGACCCACUCACAUCCCAUUACCCAAUCAUUGGUGUAGAUGUUUGGGAACAUGCAUACUACUUGCAAUACCAAAACUUGCGCCCUAAAUACCUUGAGGCUAUCUGGUCCGUUGUCAACUUCCAAGAAGCCGAAAAACGUUUCCAAGAAGCUCAAAAGAAAGCUCAACUUUGACUCGUUGAGAAUCAGAAAGCUAAAAUUUGAACACAUGUAGGGUUAAAAGAAUGAAAUGAGAUUGAAUUGCGAAAUAAUAGUAUGUCUACAUUUCUUCAACCAAAUCAUCGUCGAUCUUACCGAAAAUUCACUUGCCAGUUGUUGAAUCGGAUGAGAAGUCGUUGAAUCGGAUAAAGAUUUUUCGACGUUUUAGGGUGUUCUGUCCCAUCAUAUUCUCGAUUAAAGUCUUAGCAAUAUUCCUCAUUUGUUUUGCAUCAUGAUCGGGUGUCACUUUGAACGAUUUAGGAGAAUACGGUUCCAGAAUCACUUUGUUUUUGUACAUCUCCACCAACGUUUUCAGUAAUUCUUCACGUUCCUUUAAUCCGUUUUGUGCAUACCACUUAUUCAUCAUAAAUCCACGAAUUGCCAU